AUGCCAACGCCCAGGAUCCUCAUCUCCGGCUCGGGCAUUGCCGGUAGCACCUUUGCCUACUGGGCCCUACGUGCAUUCCCGACCGCAUCCAUCACAAUGGUCGAGCGCUGCCCAACCUUCCGCCUAACCGGUUCUAGUGUCGACCUCCGCAGUUCAGCAAUCGAAAUCUGUAAACGCAUGAACAUGUUAGACACGGUCAAAGCCCACACGACUACUGAAAAGGGUGUGCGGUUCGUGAACUCCGACGGCAGCAUAGUGGCCACGCUCGGUGCAUCAGGUCGCUCCGACAUUCAGGGUAUCACGUCCGAGUAUGAAAUCUUUCGCAGCGAUUUGGCGAGGAUUCUUCUCGAGCCAUCAAGGGACAAGAUUAACAUACUCUUCGACGAAUAUGUUGACAAGUACGACAACGAGGAGGACGGGGUCAAGGUAACGUUUGCAAAGAGCAAGAGAGUCGACAAAUUCGACCUUCUCGUAGCUGCAGACGGUAUCGGCUCCCGGAUUAGAGGGCAGAUGCUCAAUUCCAAUCCACGCGACCAAGUCCACGACGAAGGAGUGCACGUUGCAUACUUCACGCAAAAGAAAGACUUGCUCGGCGGUUCAAAGUUCGCAGAAGGAUACAGCGCCCCGGGAGGACGAGUAAUCAUGAUCCGCCCGGACCCGCAUCCAGAAGGGCGAAGCAAGGUUAUUCUCAUGAACGUCACAAAAAAGAACGAUGUCGCCGCCAAGAAGCGAUUGAACGAUGCCGUCGACGCAGGGAACGAGGCAUACAUGACACUCCUCGAAGACACUUUCGCCAAUAUGGGCUACAAGGACGCGGAAGUGCUCAAAGGAAUGCGCGAGAGUGACGAUUUCUACUGCUCGCUGUUUGCCCAAGUCCGCUCGCCGAAAUUGAUCGACCAGUCCGGGCGGGUAGUCCUCCUCGGCGAUUCUGGUUACGCGACGCCCGGGAUAGGAACCAGUCUGGCGAUGAUAGGCGCAUAUGUCCUUGCUGGAGAGUUGCUGUCUUCGACAAGUGGCACGUCGAUCAACAUCCCCGCCGCAACCAGCAGAUAUCAGGACUUGAUGGUGCCAUUUGUCAAGGGCCAUCAAGGUGACGAUAAUGCAAUGCAGUUAAUGAAUCCGCAGUCCAGCUGGGGGAUCAAGUUGAGAGACGUAGCUCUAAGAGUAGUGACAGGACUCUGGCUAGAUCGCCUGGCUAUGAUUGCUGCUGCCAAGCUAGGCUACACAGACAAGAUGCUCAGCAUGCCAGAGUAUGCAUGGCCAGAAUCUGUCUGA